GGGGGCGCUAGACUCCCCUGAAGGUGGGUUCACUAUCUUCCCAGCGGGGUGUGAAAGCCAGUUCAGCUCCUGAACCCCACAAUUGUUCAACAGCCUUUUGGUGCAUGACCGGUUUCCGAAGACAGAAUCUGCAUGACGAGGACAUUUUCUCUCGGCACUCGUAUGACAGAGGGAACAGCAUUGUGUCUGGUGUAAGCAGGUGAGCUCUUCAAACCCAGGCCACGGGCAAGUAUGAAGCCUGAACACAGAACGAUAGCCACAAGACAGUGGACCAGGAGUGCCGUGGCCUACCACACUAGGUCUACAGCCAAGAAGAAGAUGAUGUCUCUGAGGAGGAUGAGCACACCAUCCUUCCAGAAGCGGAGGAGGAGGAGGCCUUCUCUCCAGGCCCUGGGGAACAUUGUGGGCUGCAGAAUUUCUCACGGAUGGAAGGAAGGUGAAGAGCCCGUCACCCAAUGGAAGGCCAUCGUUCUAGAUCAUCUGCCAACAAAUCCCUCCCUCUAUCUGGUCAAGUAUGAUGGAAUUGAAUGUGUCUACGGACUGGCACUUCACAGCGAUGAGAGGAUUUUAAAGCUUAAGGUCUUGCCUCACAAUGUAGUGUUUCCUCAAGUGAAAGACGCCCAUCUCGCGAGUGCCAUGGUUGGCCGAGCUGUGGAGCAUAAAUUUGAGGGCAAACAUGGCUCUAAGGACAACUGGAGGGGGGUGGUCCUAGCCCAGGUGCCGAUCAUGAAGAACUGGUUUUACAUCACCUACGAGAAAGAUCCAGUCCUAUACAUCUACCAGCUCCUGGAUGAUUACACAGAAGGUAACCUCCGUAUCAUUCCAGAGACUCCUCCAGCAGAGGUGAAGUCAGACAUUGACAGCAACAUCUUAACAGGUCAAUGUGUGCAGUUCACCAGAAGCGACAUGUCCAAAAAGAUUGCCAAAGUCAUUUACCAAAUUCUACCCAAGCCUUCCUUGUACUACAUCAAGUGUGAUGGCAACGUCCACAUUUAUGUCUAUAAUCUGGUGGAAAAGAUCCGUUAAGGUGAAAUUCACAAAGUGAGGGGGACAUAGAUGGGGAAUUUAUAGGAUUGGGGGAAAAUGUUUGUUUUUCUGUGUUUCAGAUACACAAGGGUCUUUGACAACCCCAGUAACUUUUCCAGUCGAAUUUGUUUUUGCUCUAAAAAUUAAAAUGUGCGAUGUGACGUGUUGUGUUUGAACACUUUGGUAUAGGAGACGGGCUGUGGUGGAUGGAACAUCGAGAGGAAGCCGGAAAGGUCAAGGCUGUGAACAGGUAAGGUAGAAGCAAAACUCGCUGUAUGGCCAUUUCUCAAGCCUGGACCAGAAAGAUAAUGGCCAAGGUUUACAAGGCAAGUGGGAAAGAUCAAUUAUACCCCCACGACUACUGCACAGCUCUGUUACAUGAUCAGCAGGAGUGCUGGAGUUAACCUGGAUUUCGGGAGCAGCAGAUACCCGCUGUCCCCACUUGGGCUUCUCAGGAUGCAGGUCUGUCUCUUAUGGCAACAGGCAGGGAGAAUCCUACCAGCAACUCUGAGGAGCAGCAGGAGGACACGUGAUGGAAACCAGGGCAGGAGAGAAGAGAGGAAAGGUGUCCUUCUCUGGGUCAUAGACAAGAGUCAGAGACCUGAGUACCUGCUUCUAACUGAGUACAGAGCCACUCUCACCAUGUGUGUAUGAACUGUGCUGGGGUCUCCAGUCUAUGAUCCUACCCACUUUCCUUCCAUCAUUUCCUACCGGAAGGAGAAGACACCCAGCUCCAUCUAAAGUGACACUGAGAAGCAGCCCAGUUACGGCGUGGAGGUGGAGGACAAGACAAGGUGGAAUCAAAACAGACAUACACUUACAUGCACACAGACAUGCAUGACACAUAUCUCUGCAUGCAUAUGCAUACCAAGAACAUGAGCACACAUGCAUGCAUGCACACAUAAACAUACAUACAUGGAACACACUGAUAAUUUUAUAAAUACACAUAUACAUAUUAGCAUGUGUGCACUUAGUUUCACACAUGUGAUAACUUUAUACUGUAUAUAUAUAAUAUACUAUAUAUAUACAAUACAUACACACACAUAUAUAUAUAUAAAACACACAUACAUACAUACAUACAUAUAUAUAUAUGCACAUAUAUAUAUGCAUAUAUAUAUAUAUGCAUAUAUAUAUAUAUAUAUAAAUCCUAAUUUUGUGGUAUCUGAUUUCUGUGUUCACCCUAGAAAGAGUCAGCCAUUUGGUGCCCAUUUCUAUAGCUUUUUCUUUUAAAAUGCAUGACUGCAAAUAAGCAGGUCACUAGGUCAAUAAAGUGUCUGCCUCACAUAUUAGGCUUCCUCUCUACAGCUGUGAUCAAACAUUCUACCCAAAAACAACUUGUAGAAGGAAAGCAUUUCUUUGGCUUGCACCUUGGCUCACCACCUUUUGUGGGCAGUCAGACAGGAACUCGAGGAGAGAAUUACAAAGGAAUACUGCUCACGGCCUUACUCACUAGUCCAUGCUUAGUUCACGUUCUCAUGAAGCCCUUACACCCUGGCCUAGGAAUGAUGACACCCACAGUGGGUGGGCCCAGCGUCAUCACCUGUCAAUCGAGACAGUCUCUCACCCAUUAGGCCACAAGCCAAUCCGAUGGAAGGAGCACUUCAGUUGAGGUUCUCUCUUCCCAGGAGACCCUAUGUCAAGUCUCUUCUUAGUUAUGUCAAGAUGUCAGUGAAAGCUAACCAGGACACCUCAUAAGCAUGAAGACCUGGGUUUGAUUCCCAGAACCCACAUCAAAAUGUGAGUGGAGAAAGCUUUUAAUGCCAGUUGGGGAAACAAGGACAGGAUCUGCAGGAUCUGCUGACCACCACAGGUGGCAUGAUGGGUAAGCCCCUGGCCAAUUAGAGACCCCGUCUCGAAAACACAGACCAUGCCUGAGGAUGAGGCCUGUGGUUGUUCUCUGACUCUACCUGAGUGUGGAGACAUGUACACACAUCUGCACACAUAUGCAUCUACACACACCCAUGUACACACCUUAGAUAAAUAGAUGAUAGAUAUCAGACAAACAAAUGGUAGAUAGAUAGUAAAUAGGCAAAUUAUAGAUAGACAGAUAGACAAAUGAUAAAUAAUAGACAGAUAGAUAGAUAGAUAGUAAUUAGAUGGAUGGAUGGAUAAA